CCCGCUUGCCCACCAAGUCCUACUAUCUAUCCUCUCUCGCUCUCUCUCCCUCUUUCCACCUCGCGAUGUUCUCACCCGAAGAUCACCGUAUGUUAUCCUACGCGACGAGAUCGGCGCCGGUAGAUCACCGGAGAUGGAAACCGUCACUAGAGAUAGCCCCGAAUUGCCCUCGCUGUGAUUCCUCAAACACCAAAUUCUGCUAUUACAACAACUACAGUCUCACCCAGCCCCGGUACUUCUGCAAGGGCUGUCGAAGGUACUGGACCAAAGGCGGCUCACUCCGCAACGUCCCCGUCGGAGGCGGUUGCCGCAAAAACCGCCGUGGUAAAUCGGCUCGACUUUCCUCCGAUUCAAUAACCUCCUCCACAUCAUCAAGCAGCAGCCUACGGAUUGAUACCACCAGAGUACUGGACUCCGGGCUUCGCCCUGACCAAGCACUCGAUGACAUGUUCGACACUUAUUACCCGAGUUCGGAUUCUGGCGGUUCGAAUAUAGAUAUGGCAGUUAUGUAUGCUAGGUACUUAAACCAGGUGCCUGAUAAAUUGCCUGUAGAGAUUGACGAUUCAUUUGGAUUUAUUGGAUCCGUGACAGCCGAGUUGUCAUCGUCGUCAACACCAUCAACUGAUAUGAACUGCCAGACUGUUAGUCAAGCAGAUGAAGGCAAUCUGGGAUUUAUGGCGAGCAAUUGUGGGAUGGAGGAGUCUGUUGUGUUUCCUCGCUUGGAGUACUCAUCUUCGAUGUUGCCGGAGAUGAACGGGGGAGAUGUGUUUUCCAUGAAUUGGGGUUCGGUCUAUCCGAAUAUGCCGUGGCCGGCGCAGGAGCAGAAUCUCGCCGUGGCGUCUACACGGGUACAGCAAGAAAUUGGAUCUAAUCAUCAUUUUCAAGAACUUGUGGUUGGAGAUUGGAGCUCUAUGGAUCAAUCUGGGUUUGAAGCAUUUUAGAUGGUGGGUGUAGUAUUCAGUUUCUCUUCGAUCUCUAAAUAUCCUUUGUUCUUGUUUUCCUAUAUAUAUCUAUUUGUCUUGCUUUUGGUAUAUAGAGCAGCGGUGAUAAGGAUUGAAUUCAAUAAGAUUAAUAAAAACAACACCACGCCAUAUUUUCCUGGCGAGAUUGUGUGAAGA